CUGGUGAAGCCACCUAGGACUCCAGGUCAGAAACUCAGCUUUUGUGAGCGCGACACCUGUCACAUAAACCAAUCCACACCGUUUCACUUACGUAACUUUGCAGAAGAUAUGGGCUUUGUUUACUUUUUGGGCCUAAUGUUAUGCUGAAGGGACCCAAACCAUAAGAGAGCCAUCGUGAUCAUUGUAGCCUGCGCUUCUCCUUCUCCGCCAUUACCAGAUAUUGCCAUGGUGAAGAACCUCCUCCUAGGGUUUUCACGACAUCGUUUGCUCUUCUCUUAAUCAACUGAAACGCCCACAGUUACAGAUCCAUCGCGUUAAACGCCUCUUUAAUCCAUCAACCACGAUAGGUCUUUAAUGCGAGUCUCUCUUCUCCAGGGUGGUCUAUUUGUUAGUAUAAAUAGGCAUGCAUUCUUCCUCCAGAUUUUCUUCUUCCCUUUUUGAUUUCUCAUGAUUUCAUCAACGUAUAUUCAAUUUCUGUUUUUCUCUCUAAUUGUAUGUGCAAAAAAAUAUUCCCAAUUGUAAAAGAGAUCUCCCAAUUUGAAAAAGGUUUUCAGGCGAUGAGUGAUCUCCGACCAUAACAAAGAUAGUUUCUCCAUAAAAUCUUAGACUACGAAGUCGAGUUCUUUGCUGCUCUGAUGCUUAUCCUCGAAGGACAUAGCUUAAGAACCACAGAUGCUUUGUUUGCUGAAUCAUUGUAUGGUUUGAGGAGAAAGUCAGUUAGGUUGAGAUUAAGCAAAGGUUCCAGUAAAGAAGUUCAACGUUCUACUUUAGAGAAACGCCAGAGAGUCCUCUCUGUUGUGUUUCUGGUUGUGUUACCGUAUUUUAAAUCAAAGUCGCAUGGUAUAUCUAACAAGGAAAGGGAAGCGAGGCUCUGGGAGAGUUUAUGGGGAUCAAAGAAUCAAGGGUUUGAUGAAGCUAAUUUCUUUACAGGAGAGGAAACAGUUGUUUUAAGAGGGGAUAGUGGGAAUCAUUAGCUUUCUGUGAGUACAGUUAGCUACGAGAAUUAAGAAGUAUGUAGCUGUGUACUAUCCUUGGAUAGAUGUAUCAAGUGAAGGUAAUUUCUGAUUUAUGUAGAGCACGGAUGUUUUGUGUAAUAGCUGAUAUGAUUCUUUCUAAUAGUUAGGUUGAGCUUCAUGCCUAGAGUUGGUAAUCUUGAUGCUCUAAAUUGAAACCACAUUCCAUGCUUUUAGUCCAUUUCUGGAUGGUUCUGAGUAAUAUACUCUAAGUAAUAUACUCUAAGCAUGUGUUUGAGUUAUAUGGCUUAUUUUAUGUUCGAUUAUUUUUAAGACUAUAUAGCAAAAAUUUUGCUUAUAAACACAGUAAAAGUUAAUAAAUAAUCAACACAUAAAUUUCUGUAAAGUAUAAAAUAUAAAAUGAUAAUAUAUAUAUUUUUUAAAAAAUAGUGUAAUAGAAAUAUAACCAGAAAUACAUCAACAAAAUACUUAAUUUCAAAAAUAUUAAUUUUCUAUAAAACACAAAUGAGGAGGAUAUAUUCAUCAAAUCAAAGUAAAAAGUGAAAAAGAAUGAAUCUAACUGUUGUUUUCAUGUUUUGAUCAUCAAAUUCAAAUUACGAGAAACUAAAAAUUUUAAAGAAACACAACAAAAAUUAAUACAUAA